AUGUAUAACAACGGGUCCACUUUCUUGAAGUCUGCUCCAGCAGGGAACGGGCCCGUCCCCGCCACUGGUGCAGGUGCCGCAGCAACCGGGCCAAUCCCGCAGCAACCGUGGGGGGCGUACCCGAAUGCAGCGUACCAGAACUUCUACCCACAACCAAUGAUGCCAGGGAUGCCCCCCGUCGGGGUCGGUAUCCCCGCCAUGCCAAUGCCCACCCCGUCGCCUACCCCAUCUGCUUCUGCGUCUGAUGUGUCGCAGGAACCCGUGGAGAGUGAGACUGACGAGGAGAGGGAGGAGAAGAAACAGAAGGCAGAGGAGGUCAAGAAAAGUUUCAUCGAACAAGUGAAGGCUAGAAAGGCCGCGUUGGAGCAGAAGAAACUAGAGGAACAGAGGAAGAAACAGGAGGAGGAGGCUGCGAGGUUGAAGGCGGAGAAGGACGCUAGGGACGCCGCUGCUACAGAGGAGGAAGCCAGACUCGCGAAAUUGAAGGCCGAAGAGGACGCCAGACUUGCUGAAGUGAAGGCUCAAGAGGAUGCCAAGUUAAAGGCCGAGGCCGAUGCGAGGGCUAAAGUCGAGGCUGAGGCUAAGGCUGAAGCUGAUGCUAAGGCCCAGGCUGAGGCCAAGGAACAAGAGGCAACCUCUUCUCCAGCGGAGACAGACGGUGCUGUGUUGACCUUUGCAGAACGUAUGAAGUUGAAAAAGAAGCAAAUGGCGACUCAGGAGGCUCAAGAGGGUUCUACUACUCCAGCGGCCGACGUCCCAGAGACCACCGAGACAGCACAACAGGAGGUGUCAGCUGAUUCUCCAACUGAUGCCCAAACUGAAACUCCAACGGACGCUACAACGGAUACUCCCUCACCAACAGACGCCCCAGACGAAGCACCAAAGGAGGAGGAGGAUGAAGACUUCAUUCCUAUCACCAAGUUUUUGGAGAUUUUGUCAAAGGCAAAGCCAUUGGAGGACCCAUUCUCCUUCAAAUACCCUGAGGGAUUCGAGGGUCCAGAGGACAAGUACAAAAAGGCCGGUGUUAAGUACACGUACGGCCCCGCUUUCCUCCUACAGUUCCAAAACUCUGUUAAAGUCGGCCCAGACGCCGAGUGGAUGAAGGCCACAGGGUCUAGAAUCGUUAUCCCACCCGGUAUGGCCAGAGGCAACAAGUCGAGAGAUUCGGGCAAGUUCGGCUCCCGUAACAACAGCGGCAACGACUUCAGGUCAGGGUCCAUGAGAGGCGACUCCAGAGCCGGGUCCAAGAGAAGAUCCAAGAGAGACGACAGAAGAGACGACCGCAGAUCCAACAGACCACGGAGAGACCGUUCCGAGAGGGGCGGGUCCCAAAGAGGCGACGACAGAAGACCAUUCGAUGACACACCCGCAGAACCCGUCGCGCCAUUCGUACCAACAGCAAACAGAUGGGUGCCAAAAUCCAGAGCAAAGAAAUCCGAGGAAACGGAGAAGAAGUUUGCCCCAGACGGUGUCACCGAGUUGUUCGAACAACCGGAAAUUGAAAGGAAGAUGAAAUCCUUGCUGAACAAGCUAACUUUGGAAAAAUUCGACCCUAUCUCUGCAGAAAUCUUGACCUUGGCUAAUUUAUCCAAAUGGGAAUCCCGCUGUGAGACUUUGACCACCGUUAUCGAGCAAAUCUUCUUCAAAGCGUGUGACGAACCUCAUUGGUCCUCGAUGUACGCUCAACUGUGUGGUAAAGUCGUCAAGGACUUGGACCCUGAGAUCACUGAUGAAUCCAACACGGACAAGACCGGUCCAAAACUGGUUUUGCAUUACUUGGUGAUUAGAUGUCACACCGAAUUCGAAAAGGGGUGGACCGACAAUCUACCCACCAACGAAGACGGCACUCCACUUGCCCCAGAGUUGAUGUCCGACGAAUACUACAAACUCGCCGCAGCCAAGAGAAGAGGUCUCGGUCUUGUCCGUUUCAUCGGUCACUUGUACCGUUUGAACCUGUUGACCGGUAAGAUGAUGUUCGAAUGUUUCCGCAGAUUGAUGAAGGACUUGAACAACCAUCCAUCCGAAGAAGUCCUCGAAUCCGUCGUGGAACUAUUGGAAACCGUCGGUGAACAAUUCGAACGCGACAGCUUCCGUGCUGGGCCUGCCACUUUGGAGGGUUCUGCCCUACUGGACACUUUAUUCACCCUUCUACAACAGAUCAUGGAGACUACCAAGAUUUCUAACAGAAUAAAAUUCAAGUUGAUGGAUGUCGUCGAAUUGAGAGGAAGAAACUGGCGGAGCAAUAAAAAGGACCAAGGUCCAAUGACCAUCGCACAGAUUCAUGAGGAAGAGGAGAGACAGCGUGCUUUGAAACAGAUGCAGCAAAAUAACUCCAGAUCGGGCUCCAGACGUUCGAUGAGGGAUAACAGCAACAGGAACUCUUUCAGAAGAGAACCUUCGCAAACGUUCAGUAAGGACAAGGACAACUUUCUAACGAAAAGAUCCUUCUCUCAACAGAAACAAAAGCCUCAGCAAAAGGAGGAGGCUGCCCCAAUACCUAGCUCUGCAUCUACGAAUAUGUUCAGUGCGUUGAUGGACAAUAACAGCGACAGCGAGUAA